UGAUUUCUGGUUAACUGCUCCCAAACCUCCAGGUGCUAAGAAGGUUCAGGGGCUGAAAUGUCUUUUAUGCUUUCUACUCACGUAACAGAGUUGCGUUUAGUUUUUAUAGCUCCUGAUAAGGCCACACCACGAGCGAGUGACUAAGAGCCUUAUGAGAAAUGGGUGAGCACCUGGGAAUAACUGGAAUUCUAAUCUUUAGCUUUUUCUCCCCCUCUCCUUCCCCCUCUCCUCCCCAAUCAGAGAGUUAGACCCUCCUCUGGUGGGGAGGUCUCUGAUCAGGCCAGUGUUCUUUCUUUCCAGGAAGCCUCUCUGUGACCCACCUCUGCCUCCCACGAGACCACGCCAGAGAGCUGGGUACAGGAUGAACCAGCCACGCACUGUCCGCCCAAGAUGCACCAGACCAUCCGAAUGAACCCCGAGAGCCUGAAAAUGUCUGCGUGCAGUGACUUUGUGGAGCACAUCUGGAAGCCCGGGUCCUGCAAAAACUGCUUCUGCCUGCGAAGUGACCAUCAGCUGUUGCCCAGCUGUCCCCAGCCCAGAGCAGGCGGUCUGCCCCCCCCUCCUCGCCUGCCCCCCAGGCCUGAGCACUGCCGCCUGGAAGAUGAAGGUGUGAACAGCUCACCCUACUCCAAGCCCACCAUUGCCGUGAAGCCCACCAUGCUGAGCUCCGAUGCCUCUGAUGUGUGGACAGAGGGGAACAUGAGCUCCGACGUCUCGCAGGUCAUCUGGAGACGGACCCCCGGCAAGCUCCCCCUCCCGAAGCAGGAAGAUGUGCCAGUGGUUUACCUGGGCAGCUUCCGCGGCGUCCAGAAGCCUGCCGGCCCCCCUGCCUCCCCGGACGGCCCCCCUCGCUGCCCGCCGGCGUAUGCCAUGGUCGGCCUGCACAGCCCCGGGGCGCGGGGGGAACGGAACACCGCCUUCCACCCGCUGAGUUUCCCCGAGGAGAAGGCUGGGCGAGAAGAAAAACCUCCGUUUCCCCACCAAGAGCUGACCUCCACUCAGGACAGCUUCCACCGGAAACUGGCUGCCUUUGGCGGGAUGCCACCUGGCUGUCCCAAGGGCCCUGGGCUCUGCCCCUCUCCACACCCCCUGCGGGAGCCCCUGCCCUCAGAGGAUGACAGCGAUCAAAGGUGCUCACCCUCCGGGGACAGUGAAGGGGGAGAAUAUUGCUCCAUCCUGGACUGUUGCCCCAGGGUCCCUGCCGCCAAGGACACGUCACAGGCCGAGGGACCGCAGCACAGACCUGGCUCAGGGGACGGCUCUCCAACAUUCUCGGAGCAGGGAAUGUGUGCGGGGCCAGCUGAGGAUAUGAAGCAGGUUUUAAGCUUCCAAAAGGAGUGCUAUAGCCAGGGCCCCACAGAGAACAAGCCCCAUCUGGGCCCCAAGAAGCUGUCCCCUCCCUCUGAGGCUGCCAGCUCUUCGGAUGGCCUCUCCUGCGGCAGUGCCAGCAGCGGCACCAGCAGCCCCUUCGCCCCCCAGCUCGAUAAUGAUUACUGCUCCCUUGUGAAGGAACCUGUGCCACGGAAGCAGCAGGACUCUGGCUGCCACUUGGUGACCUCUAGCAGGUGUGUUGGGUCAGCUGGGGAGCCCCAGGUGCCCCCCCACCCCAAGGAGGCUGUGCAGCCUGAACCCAUCUAUGCUGAGAGCACCAAGAGGAAGAAGGCGGUUCCGGCGCCUUCCAGGCCACAGGUCAAGGCUGAGCAGGCAGCAGGCACCCCCAGCCAGGGCCAGGGACACGGCCAGGGCCAAGUAAGGACGGCUAACAACUGGGCUCAGAAACCAGCGUCUGGCUGGGGCCAGGACAGGGAAGGCCCAGAUGCGGCCCCCAAGGUGGCGGCCACCAUCACAGUCAUGGCGGCCUACCCAAAAGAGGACCACAGGACAAUCUACCUGAGCAGCCCAGACUCCUCGGUGGGCGUGCAGUGGGCACGCCAGCCUGUGAGCCAGGACUCUGGGGCAGGCCACGAGGAGACUUCAGCUGGGCAGGGGACGAGAUCCAGGGAAGGCCACCGUCAUGAUGUGAGUGAGAACAUCCCCAAGGGGAGGCCUGCCAUUCCUCCCAAGCUGUCCAGGGGCAGCCCCGGAGGGUCUCCGGUAUCACCAUCCACCUCCCCACUGUCCGACCUCAGCGAAGGGAGCUCAGGUGGCAGCACUGGGCCCCAGCCUUCAUCCAGGUGUCCCACUGACCCCACUUCUUCCUGCCGGGCCAAUGGCGUCGCCAACCACGACUCUGUCAAGUGUCCCCCACCUGCUACCACUGUCCCAGCCUUGGACCAGAGGCGGCCCCGGCACCAGGCUGGGGCCUGGAGUCGUCAGUGCCGGAUAGAGGAAGAGGAGGAGGUGGAGCAGGACUUGCUGAGUCAGGGCUGGGGAAGAAGGGUGGAAAAUGGCACCACGACCCCCUCAAACUCCUCUACCUGGCACCAUCUCUGCCCCACAGACAGCUCCUCUGGGCAGAACGACAAAGCUGGAACUGGAAUGAGCAAAUCGGCCUCUUUUGCCUUUGAGUUCCCCAAGGACAGAAAUGGGACUGAGGCUUUCUCACCUCCUCCGCCACCUCCAAAGUCAAGGCACCUUUUGAAAAUGAACAAGAGCAGCUCUGAUUUGGAAAAAGUGAGCCAGGGCUCUGCGGAGAGCCUCAGCCCAUCCUUCAGGAGCGUCCACGUCAGCUUCACCACGGGCUCCACGGACAGCCUGGCCUCGGACUCCAGAACCUGCAGCGAUGGAGGCCCAUCGUCUGAGCCAACUCACUCACCCACCAAUAGUGGGAAGAAGCUCUUUGCUCCUGUUCUGUUCUCUUCGGGCUCCACUGAGAAUGUGUCUCCCAGCAGCCCCCUGCAGCCCCCACCUCUCCCCCAGAAGAAGUUAGUGAGCCGGGCGGCCUCUUCGCCCGAUGGCUUCUUCUGGAGCCAGGGCUCCCCCAAACCAAGAGCGGCAAGUCCCAAGCUGAACCUCAGCCACUCAGAAAUCAACGUCUGUGCGCAUCAGGAGUCCCGCUUCGACUUAUCCUCGGGCCACGGGAACCGCCACCAUCACGCCUUCUCUUCCUCUGAGCCUCUGGAGAAAACUUUCAAAGGCAAUGGCCACUGGGUCCCAGCGCCAGGGCUGGCAGGCGGCAGAAGCAGCAGCGGGAGCCCCAGCCUCCAGUGCAAAGGGGUGCCCUCGGCCUCGUCCUCCCAGCUGAGCGUGGCCAGCCAGGCCUCCACCAGCAGCACCCAGCUUCAGCUCCACAGCCUCCUGAGCAGCAUCAGCAGCAAGGAGGGCACCUACGCCAAGCUGGUGGGGCUCUAUGCCCAGUCCCUGGUCCGCCUCGUGGCCAAGUGUGAGGACCUUUUCAUGGGCGGCCAGAAGAAGGAGCUGCACUUCAAUGAGAAUAACUGGUCGCUCUUCAAGCUGACCUGCAACAAGCCCUGUUGUGACUCGGGGGAUGCCAUUUACUACUGCGCCACCUGCUCCGAGGACCCUGGCAGCACCUACGCUGUGAAAAUCUGCAAAACCCCUGAGCCCAAAAUGGCCUCGUACUGCAGCCCGUCGGUGCCCGUGCACUUCAACAUCCAGCAGGACUGCGGCCACUUCGUGGCCUCCGUGCCCUCCAGCAUGCUUGCCUCUCCUGACGUGCCCAAGGACCCUGCGCCGGCCCUGGCCUCUCACCCCCCUGCCCAGGAGCAGGACUGCGUGGUGGUCAUCACCCGGGAGGUGCCCCACCAGACCGCCUCUGACUUCGUGCGGGACUCAGCCAGCAGCCACCAGUCUGAGCCCGAGGCGUACGAGCGACGGGUGUGCUUCCUGCUGCUGCAGCUGUGCAAUGGGCUGGAGCACCUGAAGGAGCACCGGGUCAUCCACCGAGACCUGUGCCUGGAGAACCUGCUGCUGGUGCACUGCACCCCCCAGGCCGCCCCCGGCCCCUCCCCGGCCGCCUCCAGCGCCCCUCCCUCCACCACGCGCGCGGCCCCUGCUGCUACGCCCUCGGCUUGCCCCUCUGCCGCCCUGCCCGCCAGUGUCACCCCCAGCCCUCCAACUGCCCCCGCCUGUCAGAGGGUGCCCAGUGAGAAGCACCUGCCCCGGCUCAUUAUCAGCAACUUCCUGAAGGCCAAGCAGAAGCCAGGAGGCACCGCCAACCUGCAGCAGAAGAAGAGCCAGGCCCGGCUGGCCCCUGAGAUCGUGUCUGCCUCGCAGUACAGCAAGUUCGAUGAGUUCCAAACGGGCAUCCUCAUCUACGAGCUGCUCCACCAGCCCAACCCGUUCGAGGUGCGGGCGCAGCUGUGGGAGCAGGACUACCGGCAGGAAGACCUGCCGCCGCUGCCCACCCUGUCCCUCUACUCGCGGGGCCUGCAGCAGCUCGCGCACCUGCUGCUGGAGGCCGACCCGGGCAAGCGCAUCCGCAUCGGCGAGGCCAAGCGCGUGCUGCAGUGCCUGCUGUGGGGGCCGCGGCGGGAGCUGGUGGAGCAGCGGGGCACCUCGGAGGAGGCGCUGUGCGGCACCCUGCACAACUGGAUCGACAUGAAGCGCGCCCUCAUGAUGAUGAAGUUCGCCGAGAAGGCCGUGGACCGCAGGCGCGGGGUGGAGCUGGAGGACUGGCUCUGCUGCCAGUACCUGGCGGCCGCAGAGCCCAGCGCGCUCCUACAGUCCCUCAGGCUCCUGCAGCUUCUGUGAGCACGGCCCCAGCCCUGCACUUUAGCUGCCCCACCCCGUCUCCUGUCCUGACCCCCGUGCCCUGCCUGCCUCAGAAACAUUCGUGUCUCCCUUGGAAAUGGUACAAAUGACUGUCAUCCUUGGAUGUAAUAUAUAUAAAACAUAAAUAUAAAGGGCUGAGGGUGUCAUUGCCCUGUCAGGCCCCCUCUGCUCCGGUUCCUCCGUUUUCUCCGCAGUGACGCACACUUCUAGCUCAGUCAAGGUCCUGAGGACAGUGUUGCCAACAGAAUGAAGCCUGGACUCUGGCCGCACUGCCCGCUGUGGGAUCUCUUCUCCUUCCUGUCAAACGGUUAUUUAAAAAAAAAAAAAAAGUCAUUAAAAGUUUUUUUGAUUGA